UGCUCUGUUACGGUCUCACUAAUCGCUUUCAUAACCCGGUUACCACAACACCCCUAACAAACAUCGCAAUCAUGGUUAAUAAAUGCGAAAAAUAGGGACAAAUACGUCAUUACAACGAUGAACGGGGCCAUUACUCAACGGACAAACACUUCCCCACCCCCUUCCCCCUCCUUCAAUCACGCACGUUAGCUGUCUCCCCCAACAAUCAUCGUUACUCCCAAAAACACCAAAAUUGAAAAAACUUUUUUUAAAAGAAAUCAAAUCCCAUGCGUUUACUUAUAUUCGUAAGGGAGGAUUUAAUUUUAAUGGCGUUUGGCUUCAGCUACGCAUAGAGGCCUCGCUGGCUCCUCUACUGAAAUCACUGACCACUGCCUUAAAUGGAUCUACGUGCUCACCGCACCUCUUCAUAACUUCUAGAUUUGGUUGUUGCUUUUAGCUGAAAACAGAUGAAUCCUUUGUGCUGCAUUGCUCCGGUAUCCAUCGAUCGUGACCGGGCCAACCCGGUGGUUACCAAAUCGGGUCCUCAAUGCCAGCUAAGCAUCGAAACUGCCGCCAGAAUCAUUAACAACUCUUCCAAACCAAGUUUCUCUUCUCAAGUUUCCUCCAUCAACGCCGACGCCGACAAAUCCUUGCCGUCGGUAACGAAUCACUCCUUGGCUGCAUUAUUCGACGACCCAAUCAUUGGAGAAGUUACUUCCGUCCACAGAGUCGCCGGGAUCCUAUACAAAUGGGUGAAUUAUGGCAAAGGAUGGAGGUCGCGGUGGUUUGCGUUGGAAGACGGAGUUCUCUCGUAUUAUAAAGUUCAUGGACCUGAUAAGAUUUUGAUGAGUCCGGCGAGGGAGAAGAGCGUACGAGUGAUCGGUGAGGACUCUGUCCGAUAUAUGAGAAAAGCUAACUGGAAUAACAAUCGGGCUAACUCGGCGUCAACUCACUGCAAGCCAUUUGGUGAAAUUCAUUUGAAGGUUUCUUCAAUUCGUGCAAGCAAGUCAGAUGAUAAAAGGCUUACCAUAUUCACAGGAACAAAGACUCUUCAUUUGCGUUGUUUGUCAAGAGAGGACAGAACUGCAUGGAUUGAUGCAUUGCUGGCUGCUAAAGAUCUUUUCCCUAGAUUGCUGUCAAGUAAUGAUUUUCAACCUUCUGAGGAUGUUGUCAUCUCAACUGAUAAGUUAAGGUCUCGGUUAUUACAGGAAGGCGUUGGUGAGGCAGUCAUUAAAGAGUGUGAGUCUAUAAUGCUCUUAGAACUUUCUGAGAUGCAAAAUCAGCUUAAGACUCUACAGCGCAAACAUAUUAUGUUAAUGGACACUUUGCGGCAAUUGGAGACGGAGAAAAUAGAGCUGGAAACUACUGUAGUAGAUGAAACGAAGGAACGUGAAUCAUAUUGUGGACAAGGAAGAAGAUUUAGUGAUUUCUACUCUGUCAUGUCAGAGGGUAGUGCAACUGAUUCUGAUGCGGAUAAUGAAAGUCAAGAUGCUGCAGAUAUUGAAACUGAUGAAGAUGAUGGAAUAUAUUUGGAUACAAAUGACUUUUUGUCUUCAGAAGCUUUAAGAAGUGCUUCCUACCGAUGUAGGGAAACUGGAAAUGGCUGUUUAUAUGAUAAAGAUGCUUUCUUUUCUGAUCGCUUGUGUGGGUCUGAAAAGGAAAUUCAGAUCAUUAAAUAUCCUUAUGUCAAAAGGAGGGAUAACCUGCCAGAACCAAAGGAGAAAGAGAAGCCAGUUGGCUUGUGGUCUAUUAUCAAGGACAAUAUCGGAAAGGAUUUAUCUGGGGUCUGUCUUCCUGUGUAUUUUAAUGAGCCACUCUCUUCACUGCAGAAAUGCUUUGAGGAUUUGGAGUAUUCAUACUUGGUUGAUCGAGCCAUGGAAUGCGGAAAGCAGGGAAAUGAAUUGAUGAGAAUUCUAAAUGUUGCGGCCUUUGCUGUAUCUGGCUAUGCAUCAACAGAAGGUCGACAGUGCAAACCUUUCAAUCCUCUUCUUGGGGAGACCUAUGAGGCUAACUAUCCAGAUAAAGGACUUCGUUUUUUCUCUGAAAAGGUGAGUCACCAUCCAAUGAUUGUUGCUUGUCAUUGUGAGGGUAAAGGAUGGAAAUUCUGGGCAGACUCCAAUCUCAAAGGAAAAUUUUGGGGACGAUCCAUUCAACUUGAUCCUGUUGGUAUUCUAACCUUGCAGUUUGAGGAUGGAGAGACUUUUCAGUGGAGCAAAGUUACCACUUCUAUAUACAAUAUCAUUCUUGGUAAAAUCUAUUGUGAUCACUAUGGCACCAUGCGCAUCAGCGGCAGUGGCAAUUACUCUUGCAAGCUCAAGUUCAAGGAGCAGUCUAUCAUAGACCGAAAUCCUCAUCAGGUUCAUGGAUUUGUGCAAGACAAUAGGACAGGAGAAAAGGUGGCCUUAUUGCUGGGAAAAUGGGAUGAAGCUAUGUAUUAUGUGCUGGGAGAUCUGACCAUGAAGCCAAAAGGAUAUGAUCCAAUGACAGAAGCUGUGCUGCUGUGGGAAAGAGGCAAAUCUGUUACUAAGACAAGAUACAAUCUUACCCCUUUUGCAAUAUCCUUAAAUGAAUUGACUCCUGGUUUAUUGGAGAAAUUGCCUCCAACGGACUCAAGACUGAGGCCAGACCAGAGACACUUAGAGAAUGGAGAAUAUGAAUUGGCAAAUGCAGAGAAGCUGAGGUUGGAACAGUUACAGAGACAGGCAAGAAAAUUACAAGAGAGAGGAUGGCAGCCAAGAUGGUUUCAGAAGGAUGAGGAUGGUUGUUAUCGUUAUAUUGGAGGCUACUGGGAAGCAAGAGAGAAAAGGAAUUGGGAUGGAAUCCUCGAUAUAUUUGGCCAGACUAGUGAUUCACCUUUGCGUUUAGUUGAAGAGAACUACCAUAUAAGGUAAAUCUUGAUCUUGGUUAUGGAUUUGGAUGAGACUUGGAAUCGUUUGGCAUGAACCCAGGUUGCAAUAGGCACUGCCAAUAGUAUAAAUUAUGACAAAUAUGCAUUGCAGCAACAAAUGAGACUUGGACAUUUCUCCUUCCCUCGCAUAUACGUUGUAAUAACACCAUGCUCGCAUGGUGAAAGUAGAAUUACAAAUGAAAAUAAAAGAACAAGAACAAUCAACUUUGAA